GUGGUUGAAAUGCAAGCCAGAGUCUCUGUUGCAAGCAAGUUGUGAGUGCAGAGAGUGCGGAGAGCAUACAGCAGCAUGACCAGCCGCGUAGAGCACCCCGCUGCAGGCUACAGGAGGAUCUUUGAGACGGUGGAGGAGCUGGAUGAACCGAUACCUGCUCAGAUCACCGGCGUGAUGCCAUCGUGGUUGGGCGGCAGUCUCCUCAGGAUGGGGCCAGGUCUUUUCGAGGUGGGGGAUGAACCCUUCCACCACCUGUUUGACGGACAGGCUCUGUUGCACAAGUUUGACCUGAAGAACGGGCAGGUGACUUACUACAGGAAGUUCAUCAGGACGGAUGCGUACGUCCGUGCUAUGGCUGAAAACAGAGUGGUCAUCACCGAGUUUGGCACAGCAGCCUACCCAGACCCCUGCAAAAACAUCUUCUCCAGAUUCUUUACCUACUUCAGGGGCAUUGAAGUGACCGAUAACUGUUUGGUGAACGUCUACCCAAUCGGCGAAGACUUCUACGCUGUCACGGAGACCAAUUACAUCACCAAGGUGGAUCCCGAUUCGCUGGAGACGUUAAAGAAGGUGGACCUGUCUAAGUACCUGUCAGUGAACGGGGUGACUGCCCACCCCCACACCGACCCCGACGGCACAGUCUAUAACAUCGGCAACUGUUUCGGCAAGAACAUGAGUCUGGCGUAUAACAUCGUCAAGAUCCCACCUGCCCAGGAAGACAAAUCAGAUCCCAUAGAGAAAUCACAGGUCUUGGUUCAGCUACCCAGCAGCGAGAGGUUAAAACCCUCCUACAUGCACAGUUUCGGUAUGACAGACAACUAUUUUGUGUUUGUGGAGCAGCCGGUGAAGAUCAACCUGCUCAAGUUCCUGUCGGCGUGGAGCGUCAGAGGAGCCACGUACAUGGACUGCUUCGAAUCCAACGACAGCAUGGGGACAUGGUUCCACCUGGCCACCAAAGAGCCGGCGGGUUAUUUGAGCAGCCACAAGUUCAGAACAUCAGCUUUCAACCUCUUCCACCACAUCAACGCCUAUGAAGACCAGGGAUUCUUGGUCGUCGACCUCUGCACGUGGAAAGGUCAUGACUUUGUGUAUAACUACCUGUACCUGGCCAACCUGAAGGAGGAGUGGGAGGAGGUGAAGAAAGCAGCGAUGAGGGCUCCUCAGCCCGAGGUCAGACGAUACGUACUGCCGCUGGACAUACACAGGGAGGAGCAGGGGAAGAAUCUGGUAUCGCUGUCCUACACCACAGCUACUGCUGUUCUUCACAGUGACGGCACCAUCUGGCUCGAACCUGAAGUCCUCUUUUCUGGACCGAGACAGGCCUUUGAGUUUCCACAGAUUAACUACUCCAUGUGUCGUGGGAAGAAGUACUCCUUCGCCUACGGCCUGGGACUCAACCACUUCAUCCCUGACAGGAUAGUCAAGCUGAACGUGCAGACCAAAGAGACCCGGGUGUGGCAGGAGGAGGAGUGUUACCCAUCGGAGCCGCUGUUUGUCCCAACACCUGGAGCUACAGAGGAGGACGAUGGUGUGCUGCUGAGUAUCGUGGUGAAGCCGGGCGCAGAGAGACCAGGCUUCCUGCUGGUGCUGGACGCCAUGAAACUGACUGAGCUGGCCAGGGCGGCGGUCGACACCAUCAUCCCCGUGACGUUGCACGGCAUGUACAAGCCAUGACCGCGGCUCACACCUCGUAAAAGUACCCGAGAAUCGCCACCGCAGUGGAAAUGUUUGAAUUCAUCAUUCAACACGUCAUCAGUAAUAUUUGUGGGGUCCUCAUUAUGAAGCUUGAGCUACAAUUAAUAACAAACACAGUAGUUUUGCAAUUUAAAAAUGUAUUUACAUUUUUUAUCUUAUUUUAUACA